UUGCAGGGUUUGCAGCUGACGAAAGGUGGAUUUCCUGUUCUUCAUCGAGGACCGUUCGUAGAGGCAUUAGUUGUUUAUACACUGAGCCAUUUUGAGGAUUGGGUGGCACCAACCGCACUUAAGAAAUAUGUAGUCUCUGAAGACGUUCUUGCUAUGUUCCCAAAGGAGCGCAACAAUUCAGAACUCAUACAGCAAAAGGAUCUCAAUGCUGUUGUAUCAUUUCUCGACCUUGAUAUCGAAUCCGAUAUGAGCUCAUCAGAAUCCGAAUCUGAACGCAGCGACAACUGUGAGAAUGGAUCCUCGCAUUAA